AUGCCUGGCUUGAAGUCCGAUUCGCCUACGGGUGAUUUGUACCUGAAAUGGAAUCCUGACAAUCUUCAAAUUCGUACCAGGACUGUAGAGAGAACUUUGGCGCCGCUGGUCACUCAAGUAACUACCCUCGUCAAUUCUUCCGAUGGCCGUUCGACUCGACGGCUCGGCAGGACGGUCAAAAAGGCGCAAGUGCUCAUCGCCGCUGUGGAGAAAGCGAUUGAAAAUUUUCUGGAAAAGGGAGAACAGAUGAUCAGCGACAACCCUGGAGGAGAACAGGAACUUCGGGAGGCGUUAGAUGUAGUGAAAACUACCGGAAACGAUAUGAUCGUGGCCUCGCGGGACUUCGUCAAGGAUCCGACCAGCUCCAGUCUACGAGCAACGGUCAUCAAAGCCGCUAGAGCUUUGCUGUCCAGUGUUACCAGACUGUUGAUCGUCGCCGACAUGAUCGACGUUCACUUGUUGAUCAGGCAUAUGAAAGACACCCGACGCGUUUUGGAGCAGCUGAACAAGGCGAACAGUCAGCAGGAGGUGAUCGAUAAUUUCGAUCGGUUGCAGAAGGAGCUAGAACGGUUGAAUAUGGAGUCGAACCGCCGUGCCACGGAUCUUAGGGACCCUGAACAGGCAGAAAACUUGCAGGCUGCCCGUGCGCUGCUGAAAACCACCUGUCCUAUGCUUCACAGUGCGUGUAAGGCGUUUGUUCGUCACCCGGAGGUGGACCCGGCGCGGUUGAACCGCGACUUUGCGUUUGGCGAAAUGAACGAUGCGCUUGAGGAUAUGGAGAACGUAUUGGAGGGUCAGCAGAUCGCCAGAAAAAUUGGUCUCUCUCAAGGCCAGCUUGGUGAGUUGGCUGCCGCCCUCAACAAGUUUGAGCAAAGCGUGUUCAUCGACCCGCAGUGUUACAACGCCAAAGUUCGACCGUCCUUGGAAGAGCAGUUGGAACGUAUUAUCAGUGGGGCGGCGCUGAUCGCGGACAGCGAGUUCACUCGAGAUGAUCGCAAGAACCGAAUCGUGCAGGAAUGUAACGCCGUUCGUCAAGCCCUCCAGGAUUUGCUAGCUGAAUAUGAGCGGAAUGCCGGUCAGAAAGAGACCAGCGAGAACUUGGAUCUGGCGUUGGUUCACGUCGGUCAGAAAACAAAGGACCUUCGUCGACAUCUUCGACGAGCGGUCAUCGAUCACGUGUCUGACAAUUUCAUGGAUACGCAGGUACCUCUUGAGGCUCUCAUAGAAGCAGCUCGCAGGGGCGAUCAGAAGGCAGUCGAGACUCUCGGCACCGAGUUUCUUGAACACUCGAGAAGAUUAACCGAGGUCGCUCAUCUGUCUUGUACAAUGUCCAACAACUCGGAGGGCUUGAAAAUGGUGCGCUACGCCGCGCUGCUGGCCAUGCGUCCGCAGAGCAAACCGGCCCAGGACAACAUGAUGGCUUUCAAGGAGGCAUGGGAGGAGAAAGUGCGACUGCUAACGUUGGCCGUCGAUUCAAUCGUGACACUGGACGAUUUCUUGGCCGUCUCUGAGGCGCACAUCGUCGAAGACGUCAAAGCUUGUAUUCAGGCCCUCGUGGAAAAGGACGUCGAACAGUUCGACCACAGCGCCGGCGCCAUCAGAGGUCGAACGAUCCGUGUCUGUAAGAUAGUUGAUGGCGACAUGGAGAUGCGCCCUGCCGACCCUUAUGCCGAAAAGGUGAAAAGUGCCGUACACGUAGUCCGGAACGAAGUUUUGUCGAAAUUCUCAAAGCGAGCCGAAUUUGCCAUUCAUCAAAUGGGUACGUCGACGACGAACGGUGGCGUUGAUGAGGCGGAGAUGGACGACUUCAUUGACGCGGCGAGCGCCGUGCACAAAGGCAUCCAGGACAUCCGCCACGCGCUGUUGAUGAACCGUGACCCUGGAGACAUCGACUCCGAUGAGGAGUACGAAUAUGCGCCAAGCGAAAAAAGCAGUCACAUCACUUCUGCUUCCGGUGGCGGUGGCGGCACCAGUUCAGAGAGGGCGGCGAAGGCUAGCGAAAACCAGCGCGCUCUGAUGCGCCAGUUGCCGGAGGAGGACAAGCGCAAAAUCCAGGAGCAAAUAGACGUGUUCAAAGUGGUGGCCAAAUGGGACGAGUCCGGAAAUGACAUAAUCGCCCUGGCCAAGUACAUGUGCAUGAUUAUGCUUGACAUGACCGACUUCACCCGUGGUCGAGGUCCCCUGCGCACCACGAUGGAUGUCAUCAACGCCGCAAAGAAGAUUUCCGAAGCUGGCACGAAGUUGAACGCCUUGGCUGCGCAAAUCGCCAACGAGUGUGUUGAGUCUGAAACGAAAAAAGAUCUCCUGGCCUAUCUGCAACGCAUAACGCUGUAUUGUCAUCAGCUGAACAUCACCUCGCGGGUGAAAGCCGACGUGCAGCAGGUAGGUGACCAGCUGAUCGCCAACGCCCUAGAGUCGGCCACCUCUUUGAUCCAGUCGGCGAAGAAUCUACUUAACGCCGUGGUGUUGACUGUAAAAGCCGCGUACAUCGCCAAUACAAAGUAUCCGCGGAAGAAAGCGCGCGAGUCUUCGUUGGUCGUCUGGAAGAUGUGUCCCCCGAACAAGCAACCUCUCGUACGGCACGAACAAAAGCCGCAUGGCAUUAUUCGUCGGGCAUCACAGCUUCGAGAUUUACAGCCGAUGAAGGUUCUUUCAGAGUUUUCUUCCGGUGACGACGCAGUAUAA